GAAGGGUACCGGACCUCGUGGCUUCGGCAAACGGCGGACUCGAAACAGGCUUCCUCGCCUUGAAGAUUCAGCUAGAACGAGUCGGACCGUCGUACGGUGAGGACCAGAGAAGCUCGGUUCUCGUGGCUUGCGUGGGGGAAGAGGCAGCGACGAAUUUUCGAGAAGUCUUGACUGAAAAGUCGAAGGAAAUCGAUCGAAAUAUCGGAGGAACGGCUCGUCGAGGAACGGCUCGUCGAGGAACAGCGGACGCGCUUGAACGAAGAAAACGGCACGUCAUCGAAUUUGACUCCGAAAUUACCUGUUACAUCCGCUUCGAACGCAAACGCUGAAACGGAGAAAAGAAGAUCGAGAAUAACAGAGUGUUCCCUCGCGAGUUGGUUGCUGGAAUUUGUCAAAACAUAAGAAGUCUUCGAGAUGCUGGCAUCUUCGAUGUGUCGCGAAGUUCACUUCACAGUGUUGUCCGGCACGACGAUGACCUCGCGCGCACCACGCUGUUUGUCCGGCACGACGAUGACCUCGCGCGUACCACGUUGCUUGUUCGGCAAGCCGAACUCGAAGGAAACCAUGGAAAUGCUGCGCGAAGAGCUCCAAAUGGAGAGAAGCAAAUUCAUUAAACGAUGGGGCGUCGAUCCGCGAUCUGGACAAGAGGACAAGGAGAACAGCUGCCAGAGGAAACGGCACGAGCAAUCGCCGAAGAAACGAAGCAAUCCGUACUCCAGACAAACCAAUAUUCACGAUUACUGGCGUGCUCGGAAGGUAUGCGAGGUGAAUAAAAAGCCGCUUGCUUCGUCGAUGGACUCUUCGAAACAGCAGAGCGAAGCGCCGAAAACGCCGAAGACGAUGAAGCCAUCGAAAACGGCGGCGCAAAAGUGAGGAAGCGGACUUGCAUUUAAUUGCAAUUGGCUGCUUCGUCGUAGCGAGAAUAUCGGAUCGCUAUCAGAUCUUGUAUAUUUAUUCGUCAUUGCUGUUGUAUGACAUCGUCGUCGUGGUAAAUCAAUUAAUAGGUCGAUGUUUGUUAAUGUUCGUUAAUCAUCAGUUAGUUGUUAACUAUCAUAUUUCUGUAGAUACAUUCUACAUUGAGCGAUAUACAUACAUACAUACAUACAUAUAUAUAUAUAUAUAUGUAUAUGUACAUGGAUAUGUAUAUGGAGGUUUGAAUGAGCUUACUGUUGCAAUCAACAUAACUAACACUCUUUGUACUCUUUUUCUCUUUGAUGUCAACCAAAGAGUCAAAAUGAUGUAUUAGAUGUUUUGGCUCAAACGAGACAAGAACAUUCUUUCGUCGCAGCCAAAACACGAGAGUAAAUGACAGACGUCUUUUAAAUUAAUCACUAGAGUGAGCCUCAUUCUGUUGGUUCUUCGACGAAGCAACAGUGCAGCGCCUCCAAAGAAUAACUGAAUCAAGCAAACACUCCACCACACUGUUUGUAUCUCGUCUUCCGAGAUAUUGGAGAUAUUGGAGUCCUAUAUGAUAAAAUAUAUGUAUAUAUAUACACAUAUGUAUAUACAGCGUGUUCCGUUUAAAUGAAUACGAUGGAAUAUCCGACAAGGUACUGAUGUUAUAAAAAAAAAGAAUGUACGAAUGAAAGUUGCUUAGUUUGGAAAGGAGACGCGGCAUGCAAAUUAUUUUUUUGUCGGUUGAAUGGUGGGACAGAUUUCAAAGUCAACUAUAUUUUUUAAAAUGGAAUCAUAUGAUUUCGAAUGUACUGAUAUCGAUAAAAAAAAGUGUUAACCUAUUUACUUUCACUUUAAUAUCAUAAAACUUAUCGCUUGAAAAACAAGGACAACAUAAACAUAAGAAUACCACUCGUAUCUUCCCUUGAUAAAUUUUGCAAAAUUAAGGAAAAAAUCUCAGAUUAGAAUAAGUUUUUCGACAUGAAUAAGUUAAUACUUUUUUUUAUAGAGAAUGGUUAGAUAAAUCGAUGACUGCAUUCGAAGCAACUUUUAUUGAAACAUAUUUUUAUAACUCUGAAAUAUUCUGCCGUUUUCAGUUCAAACGGCAUCUUGUAUGUACGUAUGUCUAAUUAAUUUAAAUUGUAAAAAAAUCUCUAGUCACCUAGUUAUCUAAGGAAAUUAAAUAAUAAACAACCGUGCUUUCAUACAUAUUCG